UCCUGAGAUUCAUGCAGCUCAUUUGAUUUCGUGCUGCGCCGGCCAUUUGCGAGCCAUGAACUUCUUAAAGCGGAUUGGUGACAUGCUGGAAGUGGACGAAGGAGAAGGCGCCGGCCAGGCGUCAAACCAACCGUCGCUGCCGUCUUUGGAGGAUAUGCUGACUCUUCCAGAAGAUGAGGCAGAGAAGGAGGCCGCCGCCGCCGCGGAGCUGCUGCGGAAGGCCGCGGAAGCCUCCCAGGCGCUGAGCCGGCAGCUGCCCGAGGCCCUGCAGCGCGCCCGCAAGGCGGAGCUGGAGGCGCAGCGACUGCGGACAUCCCUGGCAGAGGCGGAAGCCAAGAUCGCUGGGCUGCAGGCGCAACAGUUGCGCUUGGCCGAUGGCCUUUUGGGGGAGUGA